AUGGAAUCCCUGCAUUCGUAGAUUAUCUUGAUGGCCGUCAUUGCCAUAACUUCGGGUACACCGACGCAUUACCAAUAUCAUGGACCACCCGCACCCAUAGGUCACGAUGGCAGAGUCAUAGAUACACCGGAAGUAGCCCAUGCUAAAGCGGCGCAUCUUGCCGCCGUGGCGGAAGCUGCCGCGAAAGUUCCUUACGGUUUGGCUUCCUACGCAGGAAAUCCAGACUAUCACGGAUAUUCAAAACCGGCAUCGGUCAGUCACCAGAUGUAUCACAGCGGACAUGGAUAUCAUGGACCACUCGCUCCGUUAAAUCACGAAGGUCGCGUAGUAGAUACGCCGGAAGUGGCCCGUGCGAAAGCCGCGCACUUGGCGGCUUACAAUCACAUAGCUUCCUCGGCACCUGUCGGCGUGGAUCAUUCCCAGAUUUAUGAUCAUCAUUAUUAUGGCACUUCGCACAUCCCUUUGUAUCAUGACAACAGAAUCAAUAGUCCCGAAGGAGAUCACACCAGAUACACUCAUCCUACCGCCUAUGCUAAUGCUCUUCAUAAUUACGACGACGUUUACUGAUUUUGUUAAUCAAGGAAACACAUUAGCCAAUACUGUAACCGCUAAUUAUCUUGCAUUUAAUCGAUGAUAUAUAUAUG